AUGACGGCGACACCAUCACUCCUGCCUCAAAACUCAACGGACGACACUGACAGACAAUGUGAGCAUUCGCACUCCUGUCCAAAACAGAGUGCACUCGUGCUCAAAUGGCCCUCCACGCCCGGUGAGCUUCGUCGAUGGAAUACGAGCGAUAACGGGAAGGAAAGUUUAUGCACAGGAGACGACGGACACCGAUACAGCACCAAGCCAGCACGCAGGGCGUUGUGGGUCCAAUACUUUGCAGGACGUGAAGGUGGGAUGAAAAAUUGCCAGGGAAAUACUGUCCGUCGCGAUAAUCUCGGUUCGCUUGUCUGCUUGUUGAAUUCCAUGUUGGUGGUAAGUAGCGAUCAUUUCACCCUAGACGUUGCAGGCAAGUUGUCUGUAGGUGUGGGGCCAUACGUUUUGUAUGUCGAGGGAGCAGCUGCAGUCUACAACAAUUACGUUGCAAUGGCUGAGCUUGUAAGCGUUGUCAUCGGCUUUGGAGUCGAGCUGUUGCUUCAGGGGCUGAUCGAUGCAGUCAAGCAAGCUGUGGAUCGUAACAAAAAUUGUAAGGCAUUGCUCGUGCUGCUUGAGGGUUUGGCACCACUUGUGCAAUUCCUAUGUGAUAGCUCAAAAAAAGGGCAGGGUCAGAACAAGUCAACGCCUGUAACAGAGUGGCUGGAGAAACUUCGAUCCCGACUGGAAGAAGCGGAUAAAGUGGUGCGUGAGUGCAUCAGCCAGGGAUCCAGGCCUUGGAACAUCGUGAAGAACAGAUCCACCUCGAAGAAGCUCGUUGAAGUGACUAGGGGAAUCACCGAUCUUGUGGGGCAAGCACCGCUGGUUCAGCUGGGAUACACAAAGGAGACUACUGACGAACAGAAUAAGAUACUGGCUGAUCUGCAAGAGAGCAUGAAGAACGCAAAUCAAUUGCAGAGUGAUCUGAUACACGAAGUUCACUGUGCUGACCUCUCUCGGAUCACACGGGUGACAGUCAACACCCCUACCAACAACUAUGGCAUACCAUAUGGAACCAUCACAGUUGAUCGUGCAUUUGAGGAUAUCAGAGGACAAGCUGACGAGCACUUCUUGACACUGACUCAAGGUUCAGCAAUCGGAAGUUCUGCAGAUAAAUUUCCGUCUCCGCAACGUCAGUUUGAACGACAGAUCAGCGCUCGGGUUUUUGGUGGCGAUGAGCUUUUGGACUCUGCGAGGUCAAUUCUCCUCGAAGAAGAUGGAGGUCGGUGGGUAGGGCUUUGGUCCAUGGGUGGUGCUGGAAAAACCCUGUUGGCCUCAAGACUGUUAAAUGAUCCCCCACUGAGGCAACAUUUCGAGGACAGGAUUUUCUGGUUAACAGUUGCUCGGGAUCCAAACAUCAAAGAGAUUCUCCGAUCUCUGUUGAGAAUGCUAAGUGCACGCCUGCCCCCACCCUCCAGUUCCGAGGAGGUCUAUGCACAGCAAGUAUGCCAUGAACUUCAACUUCAAGGGCAAAGGAAGAAGCUGUUGCUGGUGUUGGAUGAUGUAUGGAAGUCGAGAAUUUUGGACGUCUUUGAUGCAUUUGUGAAUCAUUCAUCUUCGUCUGGGAGCAAAAUUUUGGUGACCACGCGCAGUCAAGAGUUACUGGACAGGAAACACGCUACGAAAAUUGAAGUGCCCAUGCUGAAACCAGAGGAUAGCUUCAGGCUUUUCUGUUGGCAUGCCUUUUCGGGUGUGAGCAACGUUCCGAUAAAUUUACGCAAACCAGCUGAGGAUGUGGCGGCAGAGUGCAAGGGGCUCCCCUUAGCCCUGAAAGUCAUCGGAGGGACGAUGGCCGGCAAGAGGGACAAGCGCAUUUGGGAUCUGACGUUGAAGAAGCUGAAGAACGCCGAGACACUCAGCUCCGACCAUGAAAUGCAACUCUAUCAUCGCUUGCAACCCAGCGUUGACGAUUUGUCCGAAACGCAUCGUCAUUUGAAAGAUUGCUUCUACUACUUUGCUGCGUAUCCCGAAGACGCAAGUGUCGAAUUAGUGGAUGAUCUGAUCAGUUUGUGGGUGGGAGAGGGAAUACUUGGAAGACGGAAAGAUUAUCCCCCUGAGGAUGAGGCUUAUGAGCUUUUGGGCUGGCUCAUUGCAAGAUGCUUGAUUGAGCUGAAAGUCAAAAACCCAGGGAUUGCUGCUGCUUCUUCUCAUGAAUUCAUGACCUGUAAAGUUCACGAUGUGCUUCGGGACCUGGCUCGGUACAACCUGCAACACGACAAGGUGGUACAUGAGCGGGUCUGUCUGUAUGAACCGGGGAGGCAGUUGACGACAUUUCCGCAAGAGUGGAUUCCUGACGACGAAGUCGAGAUAAAGCAUCUUUCAGCAAAAAGAUUGUCGUUGAUGAAUAAUCUGAUACAGGAGCUACCGUCUCAUCUGGCUGCCCCUGAGCUCCAAGUGCUGCUUCUGAGAAGUAACGAGAAUCUAUCGUUGCUGCCUCGAGGAUUCUUUCUGAACUUGAAGCAACUGAGGGUACUGGAUCUCAGCCGUACAAGGAUUCAACAGAUACCCGACGCAGCCUUUAGCACUAUGAAACGCCUGGUUCUUCUUAAGCUCUCAUAUUGCGCACAGCUUGAGAGAGUAGCGAGUACUAUUGAGGAGUUGGAAGAACUUCGGGAUCUUCAAAUAGAUAAUUGCAAAAGGUUGGUUUCGUUGCCUAGAGCCAUCAAGGGUCUCAGAAAACUAGAAAAUCUUAACCUUUCCGACACUUACGUGUGGAAUGGAGGGGCCAGUUCCAAGAGCAUCACAGGUGCUUUGUUGAGGUUGAUCCGCAUUCAGCCUGCCGCUAUUCUCCAGGAUGUAGCCUCGCUGACAUCUUUGACAACGUUGAAAAUCAGCAACCUUUCCAUUCUCCCUGGACCGUCAUACCCGUUCCCUCUCCAGCUUAGUUGCCUUAAGAGCCUCCGGCAUCUGCAAGUCAACUUCAUCCGAGUUAGCUCUCUUCCUGACAUUUCAAAUCUCACUGCCCUGCAAACAUUAGUUCUAAGCAGGUGCGAAGACCUGUUGAGCCUUCCACUUGGAGUCGAGUCACUGCCAGAGCUCAGACGGCUAGAUCUCAAGAGCUGCUCUUCCUUGAAACAUCUUCCUGCUCUUGAUGAGCUUCCAAACCUCGAGUGUCUUGAUAUAUCUGGCUGUCGACACAUCAAGCAACUACCAAACUCUUUUGGUCGACCAGAUGGAUUUCCAUCUCUCACAGAGCUGGACAUGUACGCUUGUGAAGAGGUAUCGAUGGACGAAUUUCCAGUGCUACGAUCGGGUGCUAUGCCCGCUUUACGGAUCUUGAGAAUGAGCGGAUGGGCUCAGAUGAAGAAAUUGCCACCGACCUUGAGUUCCCUGAUAAAGCUGCAGUAUAUAAGUCUAAGUUUAUGUUUUCAGCUGAAGAAACUGGACGAAACUUUCGACUGGAGCGUGUUUACAGACCUCGAGGAGCUCGAACUUGAAAAAACCAAGUCUCUUAUUGAGCUCCCUCCUUCCCUCGCGUCACUACCCAAACUACGGAUCUUGCAUCUUCGUGAAUGUGGAGCUGGUGAUAAUCUCUCUCCAGAAUUCAAUGCACUCGUGGCACAGAACCGGCUGACGAUAACAGGCAAAGUCUAUCCUGCUCGCUAAAGCCAGGGGGAAGUUUCUCUGCGCUUCCCGAAUGCCGGUUACUAGCUCGUUAUCGGCUCGCAUCUCUCUUAACAAGGCUUUAGCUAACUCCGCCAUUUUCGGGACCGGUGAGAUUUUGGGGUGAGGAGCUGAAGAGCCCUAACUUUUGACUGAUCCGUGAAUUUGCCCAUCACAUUCGUUUCAGUUCCGAGGAUAACACCGCACUAACCGUUAGUCAAGUGAUGAGGACUCAGUGCAUUAUUUGGUUAAGUUGCGGGAUCAGAUUCCAAAUGUAAGUCGAUACCAAAUCCUUACAAGUGAAGU